AUGCAUGGUGAGAUAAGGAUCGUUGAGCACCUUUAUAGUGCUGGCAACCACACGCCCAGCGCCAAUAAUAAUGAUGCCGGCACAGGCCCGAGUGUCCGUAUAUCCAGGCGCCGACAGCUCGAGGUAGCCACGACCAGUCUUAACAUUGGGCUGGGCAGCCGGUGCGGACCAUGCCGCCGGAAAGACCUUGUAGUGCAAUCAAUAAUACAUUUACUAUUUACGGUACUCCGCCGUUUCUUCCCGCCGUUUCCUCACCAAGGUCUCGUCAACCACCGAUGGUCUCGCGAGGUGGGCUAA